AUGCCGGCCCUCCCCGAAGAUGGCGACUACGUAACAAUCGCCCAGCUAGUGCAACCACCGACUGUGCCUGCGUCCGGUGACCCAUCGCGCGAGAAGGUCAAGCGAGUAGAUCCCUUUAUGUUCGGCCAGCGAUAUCUCGAAGAGGGAACCGACAUCUUCAAAUACAAUGCGUGGGACCACGUCGACACGGACGACGACUACAAGGCCUAUGCCGAACUGCAGUACUCCAAACAGCGCGAUAACCCCGCUUCGGAUUUCCACAAGAACCUGUACAACUCGAACCCGGCGAAAUUCUGGGAUCGGUUUUACAAGAACCACAACCAAAACUUCUUCAAAGACCGAAAAUGGCUGCAACAAGAGUUUCCGAUUCUCGCCGAGGUGACGAAAAAGGACGCUGGUCCCAAAGUCGUGCUGGAAGUCGGCGCCGGCGCGGGCAACACGGCGUUUCCGCUGGUUAAGAAUAACGAAAAUGAGGAAUUCAUAGUGCAUGCAUGUGAUUAUUCGAAAAACGCAGUCAAGGUCAUGCGCGAAAGCGAGGACUACAACGAAAAAUAUGUGCGCGCCGAUGUGUGGGACGUGACGGCCCAAGGGGAGGAUUCGCUGCCGCCAGGUCUGGGGGAAGGCUCGGUCGACGUGAUCAUUCUCAUAUUCAUCAUAUCUGCGCUGGCGCCAAACCAAUGGGACGCAGCGCUGCAAAAUGUCUACCGGUUGCUGAAACCGGGCGGAUACGUUUUAUUCCGUGAUUACGGACGUGGCGAUCUUGCGCAAGUGCGAUUUAAAAAGGAACGAUUCCUCGACGAGAACUUUUAUUGCCGUGGCGACGGAACACGGGUCUACUUUUUCGAUGACGAAGAGCUGAGGAAUAUCUGGGGUCGCUGGACUCCUGAAAAGGGACUGCAAUUGGAUGACCCAGCGAAACAGGACAACGAAGAGAAACAAGACGGCGACGAAAAAGAACCGAUACAAUCAACAGAAAUACCCGAAAACGGAUUCGAGGUGAUCAACUUGGCCAAGGACCAGAGACUUCUUGUCAAUCGCCAGAAAAAGCUCAAAAUGUAUCGCUGCUGGCUGCAGGCUCGGUUUCGGAAACGGGUUGCGGGCGACCAGCUUGAGGACAAUACACCUGAAAAGUUGGCGAAAGAUAUUGAGACUACACUAUAG